AUGAACCACCUGGUUAUCUACUCAGUAUGCCAUAGUGAAAACGUGAGAACGGAGAAGAAACGGAGAUAAUUACUGGGAGACACAGUCAGGGCAGAGCACCUUUGCUCCCCGUGCACACGCAUCCUUUAGUCGAGCUGUUGUAAGAGUAAAAGGACCAUCCUCUAUCGUCUUCCUGUCGUCUUCAGCAGUCUCUCUGUCCCCGCUCAGUUAGUUGUUUGUUUGGCUAUUGCUUGCUUUAUGCGUACAAGAUGGAGGAGCCACGAGACGACGAGGUAGCCGAAAGCCCUUCCAAUGGCGAUGCUACCCCCAACGGAUUACCGCUGGGUAAUAAUAGCAGGAACGGCGACGGCGAUAACAAGCAAGAGUCGGCACCCCAGGAUAAUGGCAGCAGUGCCUUAAUGAUGAACGGCCGUGGUGGAUCCGUGUCAUUUGCUAAUACUACCAAAUUCGAUAACGACGACAACAAGACGGAAGAACUGAAUGCUCACAUUUCCAGAGGAUCGGGCGACGAAGACGCCAACGCUCCGGAAGAAUCCCACGCCAUGACCUCGGGAAUACUGGACUCGACUGCGGUCACCAACUCCACGUCGCGUCGUCGAGGUAGCUCGCUCGAAUUGCGUCGUCUUCCCGUGAACGUGCUAUUAAGACCGGAAGAAUCCAAACUCUUUGACGAAGACUUGUCCGUCGAUGAUGGCAUCGAUUUUGACGAACAAACGCGGACACGCAGUUGGCUGCAACGGGCCUGUUUGAAUUCCAAAUUCACCCUCAGGUCCCAAAUGAUGUUGUCCUUUGGAGUUAUUAGUACCUGUACCAUCUUCGUGGUGGUGAUUGUGUGUAUAGCGGUAUCCGUUAUUUCGGGUGAAGUCGUCAAGGAGAAAGGCCGGGAGACAUUUGAUGAUGUGCUCGCCGUGUUGGAGGGACGAGCGGUACGCUAUAUUGCCGAAGAUUUGUCCCCGAGAUUAAUGAUGGAUGAUGUCGUUCAAAUAUUGACAGAAGCGGUGCAAGAUCGAUUUUAUGGGUAUCCGGUCUAUCUCAAUGAUUCCAUGGUACCUUUCGUGGAUACCCUCUCUGGGGAGAGAAAGUACCCCAUAAACGGGGAGCCUCUGCCUUUGGAUUGGCAGAUUGAUCCCAAUGUAAAUGAGGAUAAUCAAGAAGAACAUGUUCAGGGACGGUAUCCUUGGUUCGGUGGUGGCAAAUUGACUACCACCAACGCUGUGUAUUACAUGCAAGGAAGCUGCGAUGUAUCCGUCACAGAUCCCACCGACAACACCUUUAUGGACAAUUGUACACAAGCAAACAAUGAUAUCGAAACGGGCGGUGUCUACUCCCCCACUCCCACAAAUCUACACGUUCACAGGGCAGCAUCUGAUCUGACCCCUCUAUUCAAGUCACUCUUCGAGUAUCACACAGAUCUCAAGGGUGUGGCUGCACUAUUUAGCAAUGGUGGCGCUGGAGCCACCAUUAACUACCCUGGAAUUCAACUGCCUGGUGGAACCGAGUAUACUUCCAUCGGCUGUGACUGGCUCAAGGGACCGAAUCCCUUUGAUGAAUCGAAACCCAUCUUGACACCCGAGGAAAUUGACCGUUGUGAACGUACCGGAUCCAUCCGCCGUAAAGAUGGUGUCAAGAUACCCGCCCGUUUAUAUUCACCCCUGGACCGAGGCUGGUGCCGCAAAUUCGUCCAAAACAAGGGAAAGCUGACCCUGGAUGGGCCUUAUAAGGAUGCUUGGUCCGAUAGUUGGUUGCUUACCAUUGGCAGAGCUGUCCAUGAUCGCAUGACAAAGAAGUUUAUUGGAACCGUACAGGUAGACUUGGUGGUGGGCGCUUCGCUGCAAGAUAUUUUGAUGGACACAACAAUCACCAACAAUUCGGAGGUCAGCGUGGUUGCAUUCGAUGACGUGGGCACUGUUGCACUCUCUUCGGCAUGGGACAUCUCGUCCGCCAAGUAUAGUGUUUCCAUUUCCGAAUUGAACGUCGGAGUCAGUGAAAAUGCCUUUCAGGAAUUCCGGUCUCUUGUGGAUUACGAUGACAAGAGCAUAAUGUGGGACCCGAGCGAAGUGAAGGAGAGAUAUGAAAGCUACAUGGUGAAAGAACAAGGCUUCCAAGUCAAAGCUUAUCCAAUACCUCCUGUCCCCGAGGAGUACGACCCCGACUACAAACCAAGCUUUUUGGUUGUGUUCUCGGCAAAUGAAUUCGACGCGUACGCAGCGGCAAGAAAUGCCGAGGAGCAGGUUGAUUCCAAAGUCAUGUCUUUGACCAUUUUGUCGAUCAUUGUUGGGUUAGUAGGACUGGCGGUUGUUUUUAUGAUGCUCUUUGCUGUGUCCAAUUUCAUCACACUUCCAUUGCGACGCAUGAACGAGACGGCCAUGAGAAUAAUUGACAACUUUGGCGGCGGCGGCGAAGACGCCAAGAUCGCUCCCGAAGAUGCCAUUCCUCGUAAACAGUUGGUUCAAACAGAACUCGGUCAGAUUGUCAAAGAGUUCAACAAAAUGGUGAAUAAGUUCAGCGGAGGGGCAAUGGCCAAGAAUGCCAAGGUUAGCAUCACCGAAGUCGACAAUCAAUUCCAGUUACUCAAGGAGUUCUCUGGCUUGUAUGCCAGCCGUGGCGACCCCAGUUUCAAAUUCAGUGUAGAAAACGCAAGAUCAGAGGUCGCUGAAGACUCAAGAACAGAUGACGAGGACGAAGAUACGGUACCACCACCAGCACAACGCCUCCAUUAUGGAUCCAACAUACUAUCGUCCGGAGCCUCGACUGUGAAGACGUCGCUUACCAUUUGGACGAGCGAGGGGUCCUCAUGGUUUUCCUCACCUUUGUUCCGUUGGAUUCUUGGGUUGAUCGUUGUCCCCUUACUCUUGUCAACGGUAACAAUCUCAACGAUUGUGACGGCCAGUGUGUCACAGGAACUCCCUGAAAUGAUUGACGUUGCUGGGGGUGGACUGGUUAAUUUGCAAGUGUCCGCACUUAUUUCCUUUGCAAACCUCCGUGCUGGAUACGCAGCCAAGCUCAGUGAACAACCAGUUAGGGAUACUCACGUGCUGGUACGAUAUGCGAGCUGGCUAUUGUUUGGUGGAAUGGACUUUGAUACUUUCACAGAGUUGGAAGUCCCCGGAGCGGAUGAAUGCAAGCAUUACGAAGAGGACCAUCUCCAAUGCCCGUACAAUGAGGAGCAUUAUAUUUGUGACUGCGACUGGAGCAUGAACAACCCUGACCGCCCAUGUACCGUUUAUGACUUCGAUACUCGACCUUUGCAGAAAAAGUUCUGGGUUUCUAGCUCGCAGGAUGUCGAACCAAACGGGGAUCGAAGCUCAACAACACAUCCUUUAGUUGCAAAUGCUUCAAACGAAACUGAGUGGUUUCGGAGUGUCGAGGAAGUCCCAGGGUCGCCAGAGAAUCCAAUUGACGGAGCUCCCAGUUGGUCGAAUUCCACCCCGUCCUAUCGCAGGCAUGUCACCCCAUAUGGCAGGCUUCGUGCUGGGGCAGCUUCACCGAUAGUUUUGCCAAUGUUCAACUAUGACGUACACAGAGAGAUGAUAAUCAACAAUUAUCUUUGUUUCGAAGCGGACGGCAUGUAUAUGGGCUACGCUGGAUGCUCCAAUGUUGGUCAUGCGAGAGCCCCUUUUUUUGAAUCAGAUGAGAUGAAUCGAGCAGCCGAAGUGCGACCGGAGUUAUGUCCUCUUGGGAAGCACGGUUAUGACCCUCGCUGCCGUGGAUGGUAUGGGGAUGCAAAGAGGGCCUAUGACACUAUAGGAACUCCGGCACAUGUUGCGCCCCCGUACGUUUUCUCUGGCGGGGGCAAUAUUGCGCAGUCUUGCGUUGGAAUAAUUGUAGAUCCAAACACGAAGGAGUUUGUGGGGGAGACUUUGAUCGAUUUUGAAUCGACAAGGGUCUUUCGAGCAUUGAGCUCCAACCGCACGCCACUGGCCACUGGUGGCUUUCAUAUACUGGUCACGACGAUCGCGGAUGGAGGUGGCGGGGAUGGUGUCAUUGGUCCCAAUCAUACCGUCAAAGAUGCAGCGAGACCGAUUGGCGAAAUCGUGAAUGCUCACAACGAAAGCUGUAAAAGCAGCGUCUGUGGCUUUGCGGCAAUAGUCAAGUCCAUGAAGGCAGGCGAGGCUAAUUCCGACGUGUUUACAAUGGAUGGCCCAGACGGAUUACCAGUCACCAUGCACAUCGCGUACAGCCCCGUUAACGUGAAAAUGUUCCGACAAGUAAACGCUUCAGACUUUACGAGAGGCGUCGAGGAGAUCAUCCACACGCUCUAUUCGGUUGCCCUGGUUGAGCCUGAAGCCUCCUUCCUUUUACCAUUCGAGCAGGCCGAGGAGGAUAUCCAACAAGUUAUUCGCGUUGGCCUUGCUGUCUUGGCUAUUGUGAUUGUCAUUGCUGCGAUUUUGGUUAUUAUCUUGUCACAACGCAUCACCGUUUCCAUGACGGAACCCAUGCAGUAUCUCCUCGAAUUGAUUCGCCAAAUCAACCGCCUGGAUGUCGGCGAAGAAGCACCCACCUACGACAUGCAUGGGGGAUACGGGUCCAGCGAAGUAUUACACGUUCGUUUGACAAUGGAACGGCUCUAUAAGAUUAUUCAGUGUGCCAACGCCGCCUACUUUGCAGGAGAAACUGACCUUGCCUACGAAGUUUUCACAGAUGCUCUUCAGCUGUUCACAAGACUUGACAAUAAGAAAGCCAUGGGAGUGGCAAGCAACAAUCUGGGCAACACGAUGCUGACUGUAUUUAGGACCAUGGAAGCGACAGGAGCGAGCACGUCUCUUGGGAUGACCAAGCGACAGAUCAUUGGAAAAGGCAUGUCCUAUUUCCACCAAGCCAUUCAGCUUGGCGAACAAUCAUACGACAUUUUCUACGAAACGGAAGGAUGGGGACCGAAUUGCCUUCACUUUAUGCAACACCUUUCCAACCGUUACUUCAACCGGGCCAUGUUCUUACUGACAGUCAAGGACCACCAUGAAAAACCAAAGGAGAUAGAAGAUUUGGGAUUGCGGGAUCUGCAAAUCACAAAUGAUAUGGACGUUGAGAUUGUAGAUGAGGGCACUCAAGUCGGAUGGGGUGUUCGGUCUGCCGCUGCGCACUUUGAUGUGAAGCUGUCUAGAAUACGAGGCCACAACAGCCUCCUGGAAAUGGGCUACCCAGAUGACUGGGAUGUGGAAGAGAUGCUGGUGGAUGCCUUCAAAAUCCUAAAGUCAGAGAUUGCCCUGGAAGAAAAUUGCCUGUUUACCGAUCUCAGCCCUGCGGGCCGGAUGCAACAGAUUGAACUCGAGCUGAUGAGAUACUAUUCUGUGAAGAAAGAUAUUGCGACGGCCGCAAAGGUAGCCAUUCGAAUGAUGGUGGAGGACGAAUUCGUAAUCCCCGAGGCCCAGAGGAAGGCAGUGGAUGUUUUGGAGAGCUGGAGUGCCCAUGCGAAGAACAAGAUUCCAGCGGAAGUUCAGAGACGGUUGAAGAUGUACCAAAUAUGGUUGGAAGACGCUUGCGAUGAACUGGAUACUCAGAGAUCUUCCAGGGAUGCUUUCUCUGUGGACAAGGAGCAUCUUUCCUUGCGAGGCUCCAUCGUUUCCAAGGUGUCGCGAGCGUCGCAGGGCAAUGAUUCUGGUUUCUUUGACGAGAACUCGACCAAGGGCGAUCGAUCCGACAAAAUGUCUUUGUACUCGGUUCAAUCAUUUCGACAAAGCAUGCGAGGUGAUCUCACGAUGGAGGCCUUUUAGCUGUGUAGCUACCACUAUGAUACCUCCAUGCGACACCAAGAUCAACAGUGGACAUCACUGUUUCUUGUAAUCAACAACUUUUUUAGACCAUUAAUGAAUAACUUUUAAUUUAUAGCGCCGUAAGUACACAACACUG